AUGAAAUGGGCUUCAAAACAGGGCUUCGGGUCGACCGCGGCGUUGGGACGGUCGGUCGUCGCGGCGGCGUGGUCGUGCGCGGCGUGGCGUGAAACGGUUGUAGCUUGGCCGACGGCGGGGCGUUCUCCGGGUCGUAUUGCGAUCGGCCGGUCGGUUUCGAACUUUGGCCGAGACUUCAGACGGACGAAUGUGACUUUGGCCGAGCGCGGAACAUUCGUUCCUCGGCCGGCCGGUCUGUGCGGUUUGGACGAUGAUUCUCGAUAG